AUGGUGUUUGGGGUCUGCAACUCGUUGACUGAGAAGCAGCAGUGGAGGUUGACGUUGUUUGCUGCUGUUGCUCCUGCAGCUCCCCGUAUCCCCAUGGACAAACGCAUCUUCACCACCACAUACUCCCCGGGCUGUGUUUUCCUGAAGGCGGACGAUCGGUCAGUACACACACACACGUUGUUGAAGUAUGUGGGCCAGUCUCCGUUUGAGCACUCCCCAGUGCGUUUUUGUUGUCAAAACGGAGACUACGUCACCCUGGACACCAGCUGGUUCAGCUACAUAAACCCCUGGAGCCGCAAGGUCGCCUUCAUCAUCGGACGACACAAAGUCAGGAUGGGCCCUCUGAAUGAGGAUGUGUUUGCUGCUCGGAGUAAAGAGGACCUGCCAAUCAUCCACAAAGAGAUUAAAAACCUGCAGGCCAAGAAAUACAAGCUCUUCCUUCAGCCGGUCCAUAAUAAUGGCUCCAGUGGUUAUGGCAGUCUGGGCAGUAACGGUUCCCAUGAGCACUACAUCAGUGUGAAUUCCUCUUGCGACAGCAAUGGCAACCUGUGGGAGGAUUCACACCUUGAACCGCAGAUCUGUGCUGAUGUGAAGAGUUGGGGCCAACAGGCAUACUUGGAAUCCAGCCACAUACUCACCCCCUUUGGGAAAUCUGCCACAGCGCCCUUCCCCCACACCAGGGCUGGGGUCAGAGGGCAUGAGGAGACCAGGAAGCAAACGCAUAUUCCGUGCCAUCAGCAGAUCAACUCCGUGGACAGCAUCAUCAGGUAUCUGGAGGGCUGUGGUCCACACUUGAAGUGUAAGAGCAAGUCUCGCUCCAUCGGCACAUCUUCCUCCUCCUCCUCUACCUCAGAGGAUGACACACCCACCACUGACCCACACACUGCCCAGGCCAGCUCCGAUGUGGUGCUGGACAAUCAGGUGUCGCUGGGCUCUACAGCAGCAGCUAUGGUGAGAGCUCCUCUCACAGACAUCGCUCUGUCUACAAAGGCUAUGAGUUUAGUGUCAGUCACCAGCUAGUGCUCCUACAGCAGCACUAUAGUGCAUGUUCCCCAGCCAGCGUCAGAGGUGACAGUCCUAGAGGAUGCACCAAUGGGCAGCAAGCCUGCUGACCCCACUCCUGCUCGCGCUGCCCCUAGCCCCACCCCUAGCUCUUCUGCCGAGGAGCUGCAAUUGGUGGGUCUGACCAAGGAGGUCCUUUCAGCUCACACUCAGAAUGAGGCGCAGGAGUAUGUGGAUCGCAUCCUCCACAGUCCCUAUAGCUCCUAUCUACAGCAAGACAACAGCUCCGGGGUUCACCCUCACCACCCAGGUGACUACGUGAUGCAACCGGUGACUGCAGCCGUGUUGAACCGCACUCGGACAGGGAAGCCUAAACACAAGCGUCCCAAACCCAAAACUUCGUCUGACAGCUACGCCUCUCACCCAAGCCCCCUUGCCCUCCCCCGCCCCUACUCCGCCUGGCCCUCCUCUGAAUCCUCUAACCCCCUUCGCCAGUUUGGGCUGCCCCAUCCUCCUAUAUCCCCUCCACAAGCCCCCAUGGGUACCCUCCAGACCCCCUACUUCACUAUGCUGAGAAGCCAGCCAGGGGUGGACCAAGUGGGGAAACAGCAGCAGGCAUGGGUGGGCCCCAUGGUGCUUCAACCAGACCAGAACCCAAACUCAAACCCACAGAACUUUCAGCAGAACCUACAACAGAAUGUUCAGCAGAACCUCCUGCAUAACUUUCAGUUUAUGCAGUCCAUUCAGAACAUGCAGACCCCAGUCUAUGCAGUCUGUCCAGGUGCAGUCCAUCCAGUCCAACAUUCCAGACAGAACUUUCAGUCCAUUCAGAUCCAGAACAUUCAGGGCUUCCACAACACACAGCCCAUGGCCCCAUCCCAGGGGUUGAACCCUUACAUGGCUCCAAUGAUGGCUGUGAUUCUACCCACUUACCCUUCAGGCUACCCUACCAAUUACCCCUCCUACCCUCCAGGCUACCCCACCAUGUACCACCCCACCACACCCUCUCUGCUACCCCAGGCCCCCUUUAUCAUGUCAGGCUUCGGCCCUGGUCUAGGCCCCUUCGCCCAGCCUCAGCCUAGUUCCCAGCCCCAGAAGCCACCAGGCCAGCUAUACUGCUCCCCCAGACCGAGCUCCUCAGUGGGGGAGGAGGUGGCUGGGCCCCCGGCUCUGAAGUCCAACUCUCGCUCCAGUUCUGCACUGCAACUCAACCUGCUGCAGGAGCCCAAACCCAGCGAGAGUCAGAGCAUCAAUUACAAAAUUACACACGCCCGUGCCGAGAGCCUGCACGACGCGCACACCAAGGGGAUUGAUGCACCCUGUGAAUCAGGUAACCAUGACCACGCCCAGGCUACGUCAAGUGAGCUGUUGGACCUGCUAUUGCAGGAGGAUGGCAGGUUAGGUACCGGCUCUAACGCCUCUGUGUCCGGCUUUGGAGUGGCUGGCUCUCUAAGCUCUGGCUCCAACGGAGCAUCCACCUCACACACAGGAAGCAGUAACAGCAGUAAGUACUUUGCCAGUAACGACUCGUCAGACACGUCUCGUAAAGCCAGCAAGAACCAAGAGGCCCAGCAGGAUCACACAACUCACGCCUUCAACAUGCGUGUCGAGAACUCCCUGUGGCGCAUGAUCCAGCACAUGCCAGAACCUGUGAAGAUGACCUACCAGAUCCAUCCCAGGGACCAGGCAGAGGUGCUGGCUGAGGACAAGGAGAAGCUACGUCUGCUGCAGCCUCUACAGCCCUGGUUCACCCAGGAACAGAGAGAGGAGCUGGCUGAAGUCCAACCCUGGAUCCAACAACACACAGUCCCUCAGAUGAUAGACACACAGGGCUGUGUGAACUGUAGUGCAAGAACAGGGAUUCACCCACAGGAUCCAGAGAGCUCGUCCCCUUUGAGCCCUCAGCAGGAUUCUAGUCCCGCCCCUGACACCCCAUCUAGGAAAUGCAAACCUGCCAAGCAGGGACACUUAACUCCGCCCACCAAAUAUCUCUACUGACCCAUUACUAGGAGCUCAGAGAGGCUUUCUCUCAGUGCCCUAGAACAGUGUUUUUGCCCUAGCACUACACAGAUGAUUCAAAUAAUCAACUAAUCAUCAAACGUUGAUUAUUUGAAUCAGCUGUGUAGUGCUAGGGCAAAAACCAAAACCCGGGUUGCCAGGUCAAGCUGAAAAUUUCUAAGGCCUGAAAAGCCCAAAUAGUUUUGGCCGCAGCAAGAGUUGCCACAUUUAUCCAAUAAACCCAUUUUCCUUAAUGCUGUCAUGACGUUGGCAGUGGGGGUAGGUUUAUGACAGUCAUAAAUACCUCUUUCCCCCUUUUUCUCUCUCCCUACUAUAACUGAUGUGACAUAAGGAAACCCAUGGGUUAACAUAGAGAUUCUGCGUAACAUCAGAAGUUGGGGGAAAUGAACUAUAUUCUGGUAGUCCGACCAACUGAACAUAUGCGGGGGUACUUAAGGUAUAUUAUGUCAGUUCGGUUGCCCUCUGACACAUUCUCAUCAAUGAUAGAAUGACAUAAACUCUACUGUGGAAAGUCUAAACGUCAGAGGUAUCGGAUUCACAUGGAAUUGUUGUUUAAUUCAAAUGUUUGAAUAUGACAUUAUUUGUGAAGCGGUGAAAUGUAAUUUUAGCUUCCAAAUGAGAGAUCUGUGCUUUCAUAAGUUUUCCUCUGCUCACAGUGGUCCGCCCCUGUGAAGAGGCAUGGGUUAUAAACUUUUCAGACACACCCCUCUCCCUCCACUAUAAAAGCCAAGAACAAGAAUAUAACUUCCUGUUCCGGGUACACCAGGAUGACGGUCCGGUGUCAGAAUGGUUCAGAUAAUAACUACAGAUGAAGCCAACAUCAGCAUGGACUUUGAUUGUGAAUGGUAUGAACUUUGAACUCGUAUUCACUACAGAAGUGAUAUCUCCUAGCCGUUGAGUUAGGAACAGCUAAACGCAGGUUAGGAAGGACAGUCCAAGUAUCCCGUCUACUACACCAACGUUACUCCAACAUAUCCCGUGACUACCAGAGACAUUCUUCAAAGGACAGAGGACUCGGGUUGGCGACACGGUCCAUCUACCACCAACCUACUGAAGCGCAGCUCAGAGUAAAUAUGUAUUGCAUUUUCCUCUUCAAAUGGGCGGUAAUUUAGAAUGCAUAAGAUACUGUAUUUACGAUAGUACAGCUCGCCUAUGUUCAAGUCUCCCGCUCUUUCACUAGGACUCCCCCCUUCCCUUUGUGUAACAAGCUGUCAUAUCUAUUCCGCCCGCUAGGGACGUUUUCUGUAUGACGUAAUUUGUGAUCAAGUUAUGAUUUAAUUGUAUAUGUGUGAUUCUGUGUGAUUAGUUAGGUAUUUAGUAAAUAAAUAAUUAAACCCAA